GCGCCUGCUAGCAAACAUUACGGGUGAACUACAGUACAUGGUGAUGGUAAAAAAAAUAUCUGGGGAUAAACUUACUUUAUAAAUUAAAUAUUAACAUGUAACUCCUCUAAAAUUGCACUGUGAUAAAACGGAAUAAGUUGUGUUAUGGCAUUUCCUCAGCCCAGACCUCAGGCUCCUCAGCUUCCUCAGCAUCUCCUCAGGACCAUAGACUGCCAGCAAGGAGCUGUCAGGGCUGUUCGCUUCAACUGUGAUGGAAACUACCUGCUGUCCUGUGGCAGUGACAAGUCUUUAAAGCUGUGGAGCGUGAGCCGAGGGACGUUGCUGAAGACGUACAGCGGCCAUGGAUACGAGGUUCUGGAUGCCGACAGUUCCUAUGACAACAGCCAGAUCUGCUCCUGUAGCUCUGACAAGACGGUGAUUCUUUGGGACGUAGCCACCGGCCAGGUCACACGCAAACUCAGAGGUCACGCUGGGAAAGUUAACUGUGUGCAGUUCAAUGAAGAAGCAACCGUCAUCCUGUCUGGAUCCAUAGAUGGGACGGUGCGAUGCUGGGACACCAGAUCCAGAAGAUACGAACCCAUCCAGGUUCUGGACGAGGCUCGUGACAGCAUCAGCAGCCUCAAGGUGGCACAACACGAGCUGCUCACCGGGUCGGUGGACGGCAGAGUGAGGCGCUACGACCUCAGAAUGGGACAGCUGCAUGUGGACUUCAUCAGCAGUCCUAUUACCUGUGUUUGCUUCAGUCAGGACGGUCAGUGCACCCUGAGCUCCAGUUUAGAUUCAACAGUGAGACUUCUGGACAAGAGCACCGGGGAAAUGCUGGGAGAGUAUACAGGACACAAGAUGAAGGGCUACAAGCUGGACUGCUGCCUGUCCAGUAAAGACACCCACGUCCUGAGCUGCUCAGAGGACGGCCACGUGUACUGCUGGGACCUCGUGGAGGGAUCUUUGUCCUUGAAGCUGCCUGUGGGGAAAGCAGUGGUCCAGUCCUUGUCCUUCCAUCCCUCAGAGACCUGCCUCCUCACAGCCAUGGAGGGCCGAGUCCAGGUGUGGGCGUCAGAGCCCGAGGACACGGACGAGGAAGCCAUGGCCAAAUAGUAAAAGAGGUUCAAAUCUGCAUUCAUGGGAUAAAGGACUUUGCUUUCUAUUCCUCCAGUAACAAACGUGAUGAACCAUAAGAUGCUGUGAAAACAUCCCACAUUCAGGGUUUGUGUACAAACAAGCUGUCAUUAGAGGCUUAGUGCUGGAACCAGCAGUAAAUAAUGAGAACAUUUCCAGCAGAACCUGCACCCUGGCAGGCUGGACAUUUAUCAGAGUUACACGGAAACUUACACGGGUUCCCAUGUUAAUCACUAUUUCUGUGCUGGUGUUUGGUCAGUCCAGAAUGAAUCAGAAAGUGUCAAAGGCCUGAAUAAAACUCUACCUGCCGUUUGUGUUAAAGUUACAAAUUGCCGUGGUCUAAAGUAAACUUGGUAGAUAUUUAGCUGAAUUCUUUUCUACAUCUGUCUGAUCAGUCUGUCUCUGUGGCUGUUAGCUUCCCACAGAUUUAGUUCUUCAGAGAGGCAAACUAAUGCUGAGCACACCAGAUGAUGCAAAUAUUAUAAAGACCAAAAAGCAUUUUGCACUUUGGUUCACAGAUGAGCAGACUACAUGAUCCUAACGUCGAUUUGAUGAGUGAACCAUCAAAGUUAACGAGAUGAUGGAGGAUUUUUAUGUGUGUGAAACAUUUAUGCUUUUUUUUUUAAAUAAACGCUGUGAAAAUGA